AUGGCUAGAACUAUACCCAGCCAGGCUAGCUCAUUUGCCUUACACAACAUCAUUCCCCACUCUGUUUCCAUUUGUGCUUCAAAAUUCACUGCUCCUGCUCUCACCAGCUUCAGAUCUGCCUUGGCAAGGAAUAAGGGUGUGUAUGACUCAUUUUGUUUUCCCAACUUCCCUUGGGUUCCUGGCUUGACUAUAUCCUUGUUCAAUCUCAUCUUCAGAUUUUUCAGUGGAAAAGGGUGCAUCUUCAAGCUGAGUGCCCUCCUUAGCAGCCUAUUAGCUUUGGUGUUUGAAAUAAUCAUUGCAAGCAGCCAAUGCUGGCGCCCGUGGAGAUUCGACAACAACAUUUUGCAAUUUGUGUCCUUUGGACUCUGGGAGGCCUAUUCCCCUCAAGAGCUUAAUGAAUCAGAGACUAUAACCAAGAUGCUGGUGCACACCACUACCGAUUCCACCAGGACCAGUUCAUCUGAGUUUCAGAUUGCACAGACCCUGAUAGUGUGGGCCAUUUUGAUGAAGCCUGUAGUUCUGGUUUUUGGUGUAGUUGCUAUUAAGAUCAGCUGCAUGAAAGACCCAUUUGUGGAGAUGGCGACAUACUGCUACAAUGUUUCUGCCUCAGUUUUGUGUGUUAGCAGCCUGUUCACAUUGGUUUCCGUCAGCUGGAACCACUUUGUAGAUCAUUAUGGCCAAACCACUCUCGACUUUCCAUCAUACUUUCCUGUUAGCGAAGAAGCACUGAUAACCAAAUACUGCACUACUGUGCUGCCAUUAGGGGUUCUGACAGCUGCCAUCUCACUUUUCAGUGCAGUUAUCUUUCUUUCUGAGAUAAGCGUUUUGCAACUACAGAGUUGGAAGAAGGCCCAGCGUGCUUCCAUAGUGACCACUCAAGAGGCCUGA